ACCAGCGCGGGGCCGGCUGCAGGCGGGUUCGGUAUCGGUGGGUUCGGUGCCGGCCGGGCCCGGAGCUGCCCCAGGAUGGCACAGGGAGAGUCGGGGAAGCGAUCCCGGAGCAGGAGCAAAACCAAAUCUGGGAGCAGAGAGGAGAGGAAGGAGAAGAAAAGAAGGAAAAGCAGCAAGGAUUCACACUGGGACAGCAGCUCUCCUCCCAGGAAGCGAGCCUCAGGCUCACACAGACACAAAUCCAGCUCAGCAGCUGCUGGAGAAGAAAAGAAGAAGGAAAGGAAGGACAAAAAGAAGAGGAAGGCAAGUACCUCUUCUUCUGAGACAUCUUCAUCCACCAGCUCCUCCUCCUCCUCUUCUUCUUCCUCCAGCUCCUCCUCUGGUGACUCCAGUGACAGUGACUCCAAGAGGAGGAGGAGUCGGCACGGCAAGAAAAAGCAACUGAAAGGGAAGGACAAGAAGAAGAAGAAAAAGAAGAAGAGAAUAAAGAAAACAAAAAAGAAACCAAAGGAAAAGGCUAAGGAGGAAAAAGCCAAAGAAGAUGUGAUGCCUGGCCCCUCCCUGGAGCAGUGGCAGAAGGAGUCUCUGGUGGAUUCUGGACCAGUUUUGACAGAUGAACAAAAAUCCCGAAUCCAGGCCAUGAAGCCAAUGACCAAGGAGGAAUGGGAUGCAAGGCAGAGUGUCAUAAGGAAAGUUGUGGAUCCUGAAACAGGGAGAACCAGGCUUAUUAAAGGAGAUGGAGAAGUCCUGGAGGAGAUUGUCAGCAAGGAGAGACACAAGGAGAUCAACAAGCAAGCCACCCGUGGGGAUGGGCUGGCCUUCCAGGUGAGGACAGGGAUGCUGCAGUGAGUACAUGGGCUGUGCCAGGAGCCUGUCCUGCUGCCAGUGCCAGCCCAGGAGGGAGCCUCUGUCUCUGGACCAUGCAGACAGCACCAAGGAUGCUUCCCAGGGUCUGUUGGCAGCCACUCUGUAAGUUACUGACUGGGAAGGAGAAAGAUUUUAAUGCUUCAGCUCCCAGCAAACAGCUUCUCCCCUCCCUCUCCUGACUGGGGCCUUGUGGUUCCAGUGCACUUGGACCUGUUUGCCCCAAUGGACCUCUUGAGGCUGGAGGAGCUCAGCAGCACCCAGGGGAUGAGCUCCAGAGGUGCUGCUGCCCCUCAGCUCUGGAUUUUGGUGGGCAGAGGGAGCCAGUGCUGCAGCCAGGACAGGGAAUAUGCUGGGGCUACAAAAUACCCACCUGGCACCUCUUCCAUCUCUGUGUCCCCCAAACCCCUCACACUCCCCCAGCCCUCUCAGAGCAGCUGCUGGGAGCUCUGCUGGGGCUGCAGCUCCUCCCCACCUUCACCUCCACCCCAGGGAGGAGCAGCUCGGGGGGUGGUGCCAGGGGAGCACUGAGCUGUGGGGUGGUUUUGUGCUUUGCUCUCUGUUCCUGCAUGCAACGUUGUGUCCCUUCCCUGCUGGGGGGCAGACAGCUGGCCUGUCCCCACUGCAGAGUCCAUAAACCUGCAGCCUGUCACAAAGAAAAAAGGAACAAACAGGUUAAGGGACAGAUGGGUGCUGCAGGAGUGAUCUGUGCAGAGGGUCUCCACGUCCUGUUGGUGGCUGUAACCCCAUUAAACUGGCGCCUGC